CUCUCUCUUUCUCUCUGUCGCUCCCUCUCUCGCUCUACACGCCGGAGGAAUCGAGAUCGGAGUGAGGAUGAGUUUGUGGUGGGCAGGAGCGAUCGGUGCCGUGAGGAAGAGGAGCGAGGAGGAGGAGGUGCCCACGAAAUUCCAGAGCGUGGGGCUCGUGAUCGUCACGGGGAUCGUGGGCAACAGCCUCGCCGAGAUCCUCCCCCUCUCUGACACGCCGGGCGGUCCGUGGAAGGUCUACGGGGUCGGCAGGCGGCCGCGGCCCGACUGGAGUGCAGAACCCAUCGAGUACAUACAGUGCGACGUCGCCGACGCGGAAGAUACCACCGCGAAGCUGUCGCCUCUCACGGACGUGACUCAUCUGUUCUAUGUCUGCUGGACGAACAGGUGGUCGGAGGCCGAGAACUGCGAGCUGAACGGCCGGAUGCUCCGUAACGUGCUCGACGCGCUCAUCCCGAACGCGCCUGGGCUUCAGCACAUCUGUCUCCAAACCGGCGGGAAGCAUUACUUCGGCCCCUUUGAGAAGAUCGACGGCCUCGUUCCCCACGAGCCGCCCUUUCACGAGGACCUCGCCCGCCUGCCCUGCCCAAACUUCUACUACACGCAGGAGGACAUCCUCUUCGAGGCCGUCGGCAAGCGCGAAGGGCUCACGUGGUCCGUCCAUCGCCCCACGACGAUCCUCGGGUUUUCGCCGGUGAGCCAGAUGAGCCUCAUCGGGUCGCUCUGUGUCUACGCCACGGUACGCAAGCACGAGGGCUCCAGCUCCCUUCCGUUUCCGGGUAGCCGAGCGAUGUGGGAGGGCUACGUGGAUGCAUCAGACGCCGACCUGAUCGCGGAGCAACAGAUCUGGGCUGCCGUCGAUCCUUACGCCAAGAACGAGGCCUUCAACUGCAGCAACGGCGACGUCUUCCGCUGGAAGCAACUGUGGCCGUUGCUGGCGGAGCAGUUCGGGAUGGAAGCGGUCGGGCCGGAACGCGACGGCGGGUUCAGCGUGGAGGAGGAGAUGAAGGGAAAGGAAGAGGUGUGGGAAGAGAUCGUGAAGGCGAACGAGCUCAGGCCUACUAAGUUCAACGAGGUGGGUACUUGGUGGUUCGUCGAUCUGGUGCUCGGCAAUGACUUUCCGGUGAUCUACAGCAUGAACAAAAGCAAGGAGCACGGUUUCUUAGGAUUCAGGAACACCUUCAAAUGCUUCACCUCGUGGAUCGACAAGAUGAAAGCCUACAGGAUCGUGCCUUGAGGCUUGGCAGACCAGGUCAGUGAGCCUGUCUGGUUGUCCCAGGAAUUUCCUGGUAGAAAGUAAUCUAUAGACUGUAGUGUUCUUUCUUAUUAUUUUUGUUUUCUUCCUUUUUUCAGGCAAAUAAGAUGGUCUCUUGAAUUCAUGGUAGUGUGGAGGGAAAAAAAGGAAAACAUGAAUUGUGAAUCGGAUACCUUGUAUUAUUGGUGUUUUCUCCACGAAAAAUUUGAAGCUUAUGCAUGCUUGGUGUGUAUGUAUGUAACAAAUGUGUCGUCUCAGAUCAGUCUGAAGCUUUGAAUCGAUUCCAUCCCGUAAAUGUUCAGAGGUUCUCUUGCUGAACAAUUUUGAUUGCCUUUCUUGUUCCUUUCUUGUUAUAGAUUCUUUUUAAUAAAAGGACAUGUUAUUG